UAGGAUACAAAAAAGUACAAUAGGCCUAUGUUUACAAAUUCAUACGUUUUUGCAUUUCAGUGUCUUUAAUAUGCCUUUGUUAAAGAUUACCUUAUUCCCAUUUAGUUGAUAUAAAAUUUAAACAUCUCUCCACUUUCAUAAUCGACAGUUUAAAAUUACCUCUAUUUGAAGCUACUAUAGUAUGUGUGCAUGUCUAGGCUAUAACACAUGAUAGAAGAGCUGUAGAUAUUUCAGAGUCUGAACUUGAUAAGAUCUCCGACAGUGUUGACGAGGCGUAUCGAAACUGAAUGUAAGAGUAGGCUACGGAAACAAUGUGGAGAACCACAGAGUCGGUGUCACAAAAGUGAAUUUGAUUGAGUAAACAUUCACAAACUGGUGCCUGUCGCGCGUAAAUUGUUGCGCAAUUGGAAGAGGGAGGCAAGGUUCAUCCUGAUUGUUUUGCCCAUCUGAUCUGCAACACGAAACGUCUGGUGGAGAUCAGUGAGAAAUUCACAUUUAUUUCGGGCCAAACUGGCCUAUUCGGCUACUGGUCGGCCGUGCGUGGCUGGAAUAACAGUAGAGGUCCUCAGUCAACCAAGGCAAGAUGCCCUCCCGAAUGGACGAUGUCAUGCGUCUGUGCUGUGACCUGUCAGCAAACCAACAGAUUACAGUAGCUGUGAAGAACUCAGCCAAAGGAGCUGCCGUUACAGGGGGAACAGCAUUCAUAGGAGGACUACUAGGAGCCCCCCCAGGGCUGGCUGUAGGGGGUGCGGUGGGUGGUCUGCUGGGCUGCUGGAUGACCAGUGGGCAGUUUAAGCCCCUGCCACAGAUCCUUCUGGAGCUGCCUCCUCACCAUCGAGAGAAGCUGUCUUCGGCCAUCAUGCCUUUGCUCACCUCGCUGAGCUGGACCGAUGCUGCGCAGCUGAGCGCCCUGGUCAUGGCCAAUGGGGCACUGCAGCAGCAGGUGGUGGCUAUGCUUCUCAACUUCGUCACCAAUGAGCUGAGAGCUGAAGUGAAGUAUGGAGACUGAGCAGCAGAGGGCAGCAGUGAGGUGCCGGUGAACAUGCAGCACAAGGUGCUGGUGAAGUUCUUCACGGGCGAUGAAGCUAUCUUGCUUGACGGGUUUUUAUAUUUAUAAUGUUCCUUUGUUAUCCUUCAAAAUGGACUCCUUGUUAUUGUUGUCAUGACACAUCAUCAUGGUCUGUUUUUUUUUACUGUGCUCUAGUUUACAAUAGUGUGUCAAUUCUUUUUUUUAAUUUCAAUAAUUAAAUUUGCCAUCUGAAUACUGUAGUUCCAUCUCCUCUCUUGUGUCACCUCUUUCAUGAUGAAUCAAAGAUCACUUGCAGU